AAAAUCUCCCCUAGCUUCAAGCGCACGAAUGUCAUUGUAUAUCAAUGCAAAGCCUUUGAAUAUCUAGCUCCUAUGGUAUGGACAGCCACACGCUCAUUACAUUGACCGAGAACAUUGUGCAUUUUCAUAUAAUGCCAUUGUGCAAUGCAAGCCGUUUUAUGUUGCUGGCAGGCCGACGGUUGACUGCCAAAGUCUGUUAAGCUUUAAUUGCCUUUAUUUAUUUAUCUAUAUUUAUAUCGUGUCACUUUUAUUUCUGAAAAAAUGUAAACUUUGAUAAAUGGCCUUACCAACAGGAACCCAGUGUCAAUUAGUGUGUCAAUUGAAACUUGCCUGGUCAUGUGUUUUCUGUUGGUGAUCACGUGCUCUCUGUCUGCUGUUCACGUGUUUCUCUCCAUCACGUAACAACCGUUCCAGAACCCCCAAACCGUGCGCCGUCAGUGACGUCACGACGCGUCACAGCGCGACAAGAGUUGUAAACAUAUCGCCGUCUAUGACCUUCAGGAGAAGACGUUUUCGUCGCUGCUCUCCGUCAUCGCCGCGAUUUUCUGAGAAAUCUCAAUAAAGAUUUGAACCUUUCUAACCGUUCUGUUUACAGCGCAGUGUUCGAGACCGCAGGGCUUCAGUUGGAAGCCCCUGGGCCGUGAUGUUGGUGUAGUACGAGAGACAACCUCCAGGGAGUGUUUUUCUUCCAAUCCAGACCAACAUCAACAUCAGCAUGUCUUCCUACAUCAGCCGUGACACUGAUCCACCCUAGCUGUAGAUUAGGACGCCGCCGAAUCAUAUAAGGCAGCUCUGGUCGACUUCGGCAGACUUCAGCCAUCCUCGUCAAUCCCCGCCAACCGACGAGAGCCGAGUUCGCCCGUCCGAAGCUUAACAAAGACUCUAUUACGUAUUUUAUGUGUACGAUUGCUAAGUUGUUGUAAAAAAGUACAAAAAUAAAAAAAAUGAAUACUGUAGAAGAUAAGUUAGAUGUUAGUGCUAGCAGUGCUAGCAGUAGUGCUGGGCUAGGUCCCACACUGAGCGUUGCGCGCCCCUCCCCUGCGCAGUCGAACACUGAUGUAUCAAAAUAUGCAGAGAAACUGAUCCGCAGUGCGAACAGCACAGCUUCGUUCAAAGACGGCAGAUGUGAGUCAGGUAUGGACAAGAUGGGCUCUGUUCUUGACAUAACCGGACUCAUCCACACCUGGAACGUGAGAUUGUCGUUCAUGAAGGGCGAUGCCCCAGGACCCAAGGAACAGGAGGAAAAGCAGAAAGUACAGAAGCUGCCAAAGAUAUUCACCUCAAACGGCGCAGUCAAGAAGUUUGAGUUUGGAGAAAGCCAGGAGGCCAUAAGACAAGACAGCCGCCGUCGAGCCAACCGCAGAAAAUUUACAAUCACCCUAAACUACUUCGGCGAGCCGGAGGACUUCACCGACCCUAGGCCGUGGGUUAAGAAGUUUGAUAAGAACCACAACCCGAACAACAAGGCCCUGGUAUACUGGGUCCGACAGAUGCAAAGGCAGGAUAAAGGGCACGAGUUAGGCCCGCCCCCACCCGGCCUGGACCUGCCCUGCCAGAUGGCGCGUCAGGAGGAACCAACCAUCUUCAUCGGGCGAAAGAAUUCCAGCAUCUACUUCGCAGGUAUCACUAAGAUUGGGGACUCAGACACUCCUCAAGUCCGCGAAGAAGCUGGAGGGGCCCCUGCUGAGAAAGAGGCCCGCGGCGAGAGUCCACUUGAGGCCCUACUGAAGCCCUCGGAAAAGACUGACUCCCCGUGGACAGGGAAAGAGUCGACGAGCAAGCCGGAUGAUCUUGGCGGGAAAUCUGGCGGAUCGAGCGUCACCCGAGAGGCAAAGGGAGCCAGAAUGACCGGGCUCUUCCCGGCAAACGAUGUCCCAUCCGGUAAAAGGUCUCCCAAAUCUGGGUCCUCUGGAGGGACACCUGAGACAGAGCCUGCCCAAACCAAAAAAGGCGCCAGAGUCAAACCCACGGCCGUGGCUGACUCCUACGGUGCGGCAAACAGAGUCAAAACAUCCAUUCUUAAAAUAACGGUUUCCGUGACUGAGAGGCUGAUGUCAAAGAACAGAUGCCUUCGCAUUCUGAACCGCGCUGUCUCGAUCGUCGACCCCAUAAUGCAAUCGACAGAGGCCGUUCUCGUUGACCCGACACUUUUUGUCGGACUUAUCUACCAAGUUAACCAGACGUACAGCACGAUGGAGGCCAGCACACUGGGGCUGUCACGGAUUUUGUCGGGCGCCGUGUCGGGCGUCGUGACAAAAGUAGCAGGCUUGAUGCCUCUCUUGGGCGCCACAAAAGAAGGCGGCCUGCCCGUACUUACCUCAAAUGCUCCUGUCGACAGGACGGACACGGCAACGUCGAGUGACAACUGCCUGAUGGCAAUCAGAGUGUCCCCACCGCCCUCUGUGUCUGCCGUAGACGUUCAAAACGCUACAGGCGCACAGCCACGCAGUGAUAGGCCUAGGCAGAAGACCAAACUGUCCAAGGGACGUUUUCCAGUUCGGGGAGAAAUUCCAGGGAUAAAGAAUGUGAUGCCGACCGCUGGUAUGCCACGGAAAGCAAGCAUUCCCUGUAUGGCAAGAAACCCAAUAAGGCCCCAUACUCAAGCGCAGAGUGGAAAGUCAGAGAAGCCAGACAGCAAAGAAGUGGUCAAGGUGGAGUGUGACGCAAAACGUUCUCCUCAAAAGUCACAGAAAUCUGACGAGGAGCAAAAAGGCACAAUCUGGAAAGUGCCAGACCGUCGAAGGCGCUCUAGUCUCCACCCACCAGUGGUUCAAGACCUAAAGAACACGCUCAAACGUCGCGAGGAAGAGCGUCAGGAAAAGAAACAGGCCCUGCCCUUCACCUCUCAGUCCAGUGCCGUGUCACAGAAGAGCACUGUGGCCAAAUACGAGAAAGGCAAGAAGGAAGACACGACUUCUCUGCAGACCAGUCAAGCAGUCAUGAAGGGCGAUGCCCCCAAAACCAAGGAACUGGAAGAAGAGGAGAAACUACAGAAGCUGGAAAAGAUACCAACCACAAACGUCAUCGAGGGCGCAGUCAAGAAGUAUGAGCUGGAAGAAAGGCAGGAGAAGACAGCACUUGCGUUCACCCCUCCGCCUUCCCCUCCUUCACUGCCAGGAGGCAGUGCACCAGCACAGGCCGCUCCUGUUGUAUACACGACACAGACGGCAGAGGUUGGACAGCGCGCCACUGUCAGCUCCCGGGAGCAAGAUGUCACAAAAAUCUCCACAGAGACUGCUACAAUGGCAACCAUGAUGGAGGCCCAGUUCGCUGCACCGCCGGCACCUCCCCCUCUUCCUCCCCCUGACUACUAUCUAUCGGGCGGCGACGAGUCGGACGACGAGACGCCGAAGGAACAGGCACCGCCGCAGGAGGCUGCCAGGGUGUACGUUCCGCCGAAGUUCUUGACUCGGUUUCAGAGCCAGGAAUUCAGGCACGUAGAGUUCAACCCCUCUCCACGAAGCAACGCCAUCAGCAGUGUGGCGGGAAGUGAUGUCGGUAGUGUUCGGUCUUCCCGCGCGAGUAGGCCCGCAGGCACCCCUCGAAGCUCAAGUCCUGUUGGCAGGGACCACACAAGCCAGGGGGUCCAAAGCACGGCCCUUGCAUCAGCCUUGCGUGAUGUUGCAGAGAGCAGGGACACAGCACAUGGCAUGAUGCAACCUCGAAGGGACAGUCUUGCCUUCCGACUGGAGUCUCAGACCCAGGAGACGCAGCUGAAGCACUCCACCACAGUGGGAAGAAAGACGUCUACAGGGGAGACGGAAGACACGACCGAGGCAUCGCACAUGGUCGCCACAGUUCAGGCCGACAGAAUCCCCUCACCGCCACCUCUGCCGUCCUUUGGCCUGGGUUUAUUAUCUGCACACCAAGUGUCGGCCAUGUCUCCUCUAUCACCGGUGACGCUGGGCCAAGCCUUGCAUAAUGCAAUUGGCAGAAGAGUACACGCCGUGCCCGGGGACAUGCAGGCCAGCUGGGAGCAAGAUGCCACAAAGAUCUCCACGGAUACUGCUACAAUGGCAACCAUGAUGGAGGCCCAGUUCGCUGCACCGCCGGCACCUCCCCCUCUUCCUCCCCCUGACUACUAUCUAUCGGGCGGCGACGAGUCGGACGACGAGACGCCGAAGGAACAGGAAACGCCGCAGGAGGCUGCCAGGGUGUACGAUCCGCCGAAGUUCUUGGCUCGGUUUCAGAGCCAGGAAUUCAGGCACGUAGAGUUCAACCCCUCUCCACGAAGCAACGCCAUCAGCAGUGUGGCGGAAAGUGAUGUCGGUAGUGUUCGGUCUUCCCGUGCGAGUAGGCCCGCAGGCACCCCUCGAAGCUCAAGUCCUGUUGGCAGGGACCACACAAGCCAGGGGGUCCAAAGCACGGCCCUUGCAUCAGCCUUGCGUGAUGUUGCAGAGAGCAGGGACACAGCACAUGGCAUGAUGCAACCUCGAAGGGACAGUCUUGCCUUCCGACUGGAGUCUCAGACCCAGGAGACGCAGCUGAAGCACUCCACCACAGUGGGAAUAAAGACGUCUACAGGGGAGACGAAAGACACGACCGAGGCAUCACACAUGGUCGCCACAGUUCAGGCCGACAGACUCCCCUCACCGCCACCUCUGCCGUCCUUUGGCCUGGGUUUAUUAUCUGCACACCAAGUGUCGGCCAUGUCUCCUCUAUCACCGGUGACGCUGGGCCAAGCCUUGCAUAAUGCAAUUGGCAGAAGAGUACACGCCGUGCCCGGGGACAUGCAGGCCAGCUGGGAGCAAGAUGCCACAAAGAUCUCCACGGAUACUGCUACAAUGGCAACCAUGAUGGAGGCCCAGUUCGCUGCACCGCCGGCACCUCCCCCUCUUCCUCCCCGUGACUACUAUCUGUCGGGCGGCGACGAGUCGGACGACGAGACGCCGAAGGAACAGGCACCGCCGCAGGAGGCUGCCAGGGUGUACGUUCCGCCGAAGUUCUUGACUCGGUUUCAGAGCCAGGAAUUCAGGCACGUAGAGUUCCGCCCCUCCCCACUAAGCAGGGCCGCCAGCAGCGUGGCGGGAAGUGAUGUCGGCAGUGCACGGUCUUCCCAUGCGAGUACGCCCGCAGGCACCCCUCGAAGCUCUAGUCCUGUUGGCAGGGACCGCACAAGCCAGGGGGUACAAAGCACGGCCCUUGCAUUAGCCUUGCGUGAUGUUGAAGAAAGCAGGGACGCAGCACAUGGCAUGAUGCAACCUCGAAGGGACAGUCCUGCCUUCCUACUGCAGCCCCAGACGACGCAGCUGAAGCACUCCACCACCGUAAGGAGAAAAACGUCUACAGGGGAGGCGGAAGACACGGUCGAGGCAUCUCACGUGGUCGCCACAGGUCAGGCCGACAGAAUCCCCUCACCGCCGCCCCUGUCGUCCUUUGGCCUGGGUUUAUUAUCUGCACACGCAGUGUCAGCUAUGUCUUCUCUCUCACCGGUGACGUUGGGCCAAGCCUUGCAUGAUGCAAUUGAAAGAAGGGGCCACGCGGUUCCCGGCCACAUGCAGUCCAGCUCACUUGGGAACGACGGCUUGUCCGUUCGGCUUCAGUCCCAGGCAACCAAGCUGAUACACUCCACCACUGUGAGGAGGAAGACGUCUACAGGGGAGACAGAGGAUACGACAGAGACAUCGCACAUGGUCGCGACUGUCCAGGCUGACCGUAUCCCGACAUCAUCGCCGCUGCCGGCCUUCAGCCUCGGUGCACAGGCUCUGAUAGCGCCACCGGCUGCGAUAGCUAUUCCCAGUGCUGCGCCAACCAUGGGUCUGCUGUCGCACAGCACUGCCGCACCUGCAUUGCCUGUGCCACGGCUUGGUGGACUGACUAGUCCCGGCCUUCCUGGAGGCAGAGACAUGCGCCACACGUCUACGUCAGCAAAGGUGAGACAAAAGAUGAGUGUCAACAAGGGUGACGAAACUGUGGAAAACGUUGCCGAAGCCAACCAGGCCAUGGCAACAACGGAAGUUGUUCAGAUCCCUCCGCCGACGCCGCUCCCGACUCCGGAACAGCUGAGACGCCCAAGUCUUCCACGAGCCAUGCCACACCUGAUGAUGCAUGGGGCAGGAUUCGGACGAGUUCCCUCACCUCCGGCUUUGCCACCUAUGGAGCUACUGAUGGCCGGAAUCUCAGGUGGAUUCGAACGAGUCCCCUCGCCUCCGGCUUUGCCGCCAGUAGAGCUACUGAUGGCCGGGAUCUCAAGUGGAUUCGGACGGCCCCAGGCAAACAUGGCUACCGCCUUGAACAAAAUGACCCACAAGACUAAGGCCACGAAGGGUGAUGAAACGGUAGAAAAUGUGGCAGAGGCCAGCGAAACUCUGGGUACAAUGGAGGUUGGCCAUAUCCCUGAACUGCCACCACUCCCGACCCCAGAACAGCUAAGACGCCCAAGUCUUCCACAAGCCACGCCACACCUGAUGAUGCAUGGGGCAGGAUUCGGACGAGUCCCCUCGCCCCCGGCUUUGCCACCUAUGGAGCUACUAAUGACCGGAAUCUCAGGUGGAUUCGGACGAGUCCCCUCGCCCCCGGCUUUGCCACCUAUGGAGCUACUAAUGACCGGAAUCUCAGGUGGAUUCGGACGAGUCCCCUCGCCCCCGGCUUUGCCACCUAUGGAGCUACUAAUGACCGGAAUCUCAGGUGGAUUCGGACGAGUCCCCUCACCCCCGGCUUUGCCUCCUGUGGAGCUACUGAUGGCCGGAAUCUCAGGUGGAUUCGAACGAGUCCCCUCGCCCCCAGCUUUGCCACCUAUGGAGCUACCGAUGGCCGGAAUCUCAGGUGGAUUCGGACGAGUCCCCUCGCCCCCGGCUUUGCCACCUAUGGAGCUACUGAUGGCCGAAAUCUCAGAUGGAUUCGGACGAGUCCCCUCGCCCCCGGCUUUGCCACCUGUGGAGCUACUGAUAGCCGGAAUCUCAGGUGGAUUCGGACGAGUCUCCUCACCCCCGGCUUUGCCUCCUAUGGAGCUACUGAUAGCCGGAAUCUCAGGUGGAUCCGGACGAGUCCCCUCGCCGCCGGCUUUACCACCUGUGGAGCUACUGAUAGCCGGAAUCUCAGGUGGAUCCGGACGAGUCCCCUCGCCUCCGGCUUUACCACCUAUGGAGCUACUGAUGGCCGGAACCUCAGGUGGAUUCGGACGAGUCCCCUCACCCCCGGCUUUGCCACCUAUGGAGCUACUGAUGGCCGGAAUCUCGGAUGGAAAAAAUGUGGAAGAGGCCGGUCAAACAGUGGCUACUAUGGAAGCUGGGCAUAUCCCCGCGCCGCUACCGCUCCCAACGCCGGAACAGCUGGGACAACCAAUUACUCUCCCACAACUUCCACAAUCCGGACCUCGGCCUAUCAUGGCGCUGAUGCUGGCUGAACCUGCGGGUCCAGCAAUCCCUCAGCCUCCGCCUCUGGCGGCUUCGUUGAUGUCUCCAUGCCGUGAUGGAGGCACGUUUAUGAGGAGCACUACUGCUUCCAACAAAAUAACGCACAAUACUAAGGCCACGAAGGGCGAUGAAACGGUAGAAAAUGUGGCAGAGGCCAGCGAAACCGUGGAUACAAUGGAGUUUGGCCAUAUCCUUGAACCGCUACCACUCCCAACUCCAGAGCAGCUGAGACGCCCAAGUCUUCCACGAUCCGAGCCACACCUGAUGAUGCAUGGGGCAGGAUUCGGACGAGUCCCCUCGCCCCCGGCUUUGCCACCUGUGGAGCUACUGAUAGCCGGAAUCUCAGGUGGAUCCGGAGGAGUUCCUUUUCCUCCAGCGCUGCCGGCAAUAGAGUUUCUGAUGUCCGAGAUCUCAUCUACAUCUAGACAAGUCCCCUAUCCUCCUGCUUUACCAACAAUGGAGUUUCUGAUGUCCGGAAUCUCAGGAUUCCCGGAGCGAGAUGCCUCCCAGGCGUCGCCGCGGCCACGUUUGGAUCUGGUCGGCUCCGGGGCCAUGCAGCCGUUGCCAGAUCCAAACCGACAGUACACCGCCAUGUCGACGUACGCCGCACAGGAGUCCAACUUGUCUCAGAAGAGAAGCGUCACCCGUCGUGACGAGGGCACAGAACACAGCAUCGGGACGAAAGCAGCCGCCUUGCACACUAACAUCCCGGAACCCCCUCCAUUGCCAAUGAUCAAUUAUUUUGUCCCCAAUUGUGAUUAUCCCCGGGACACGUUUGAACACCAGAUAACACAGACAGUAGCCAGGUUCUCCCAUCGAAGGGAAUUGUUCAUAAAGCUCUGUCAGGACAAGGAGGAUGUCACAGAUUUCCUCAUCGGGCUCGAGGAAGACGAGUCACAGUUUUCGCCGGAGGUAGUCGAGGAGAUGAGAGAAGAAGCAAGCGAAGAGCUUGCAAGAAUCAACGCCAGUUUCUCCGAACUGCUGAUGACGACAUCGGGGAGGAACCAGGUAAAAGACGCAGGAGGCUCCCAGUGCUCUGAGGAAUUACUAGAGCCACGCCAAGUACCUGCCGAGAGGUCGGUUCCUAUCCACCAUAAGACACCGCAGAAAGAUCCCCGCACCCACACCUGUAGGAUACACUCCCGUUCGGAAGACAGCGCCUCAAAGAUUCCACUGGUCCGGACACCAAGACAGACUAGCGAACGGAAGUAUCCGUACAGACAGCCAGGGGAGAAAGCCUAUUCCAGCGGCAAAGGAACGCGUUCACGUGGCCUGCCCCAACCAAAGGUAGUCGUGACUCCAGCGAUGCGGCCUCAGCCUGCGUCUGAGACGGAGUCGGCGUCAGGAAUGGCGGAGGAUCAAUCGUUCGCGCCCAGGGGUCGGACUCCCCUGAAAAACGUGCACGUGCGGAAAGCAGAUGGUUCAAGAAGUCCACCUGGAUUAGCCGCUGGAAAGACUGACGAGCAGUCAGCAAGGGGCUCGGCUGAGACCGUAGCUAAAACACGGAAUGGCACUGUGAAGGGUGGCAAGGCGGGUAUGACGCGCAAAGAGUACAAUGAAAGCGGAAGCUCCGAUGCACAAGCCAUUCCGUCCAAGGAUGCUAAGAAGACUGAUUCAGUAUCUAAGGAUGCAGCAGCAAAGAGAUUCGGUCCCGAGGGUUCCACUAAAAAGGAAAUGUCAUCUAAAGUAAAGGGGCCACAAAAAGCAGGAGCCUCGGGAACUCCGCACACUCCUAAAAAGACCAAGGUAACGUACAAGGACGUACGUUCUAAACUCACGACUUCCGUCAAAGUAGCACGUGCAUCGAGCACCGCCAAAUCAACACACACGGGGUCUUCUAAGUCUUCACUACAUUCUAAGGACGAAAAUGCUCCAGCCACAGGUCCAUCUGGACAGACAAAAGAGUCCACACAGGACAAGAAAGAGAAUCCAAGUCUUGAGGCUUCACAGAAAGGAGCAAAUGUGCCAAAAGCUGGACCGUCCGGAGUCCAGACCGCAAAAUCGGCGCCUACGAAGAUUCCGCAAGCGAGUAAAGACGUAGAUGCCAAGGGGACAACUCUCGCCAUAGGCAGAUCUGCAAUGUCACCAAGGCGCACAGACAUGCAAGCAACAGACAAGACGCCUGUCAAGCAAACAGCGCAUUCGCCUUCGAAAAUUCCACGACCUGUUCAGCGAGCUGUGAAGCGAACAGUUCCCGUAAUUUGGACAAAGUCUCCAGGCGAUGGAGAAGGCUGUGGUACUUCUAUGAGGAGUACUACUGCUUUCAACAAAAUGACGCACAAGGGCGAUGAAACGGUACCGGUAGAAAAUGUGGCCGAGGCCAGGGAGACUGUGGGUACAAUGGAGGUUGGCCGUAUCCCUAAACCGCCACCACUCCCGCCCCCAGAACAGCUGAGACGCCCAAGUCUUCCACGAGCCACGACGUACCUGAUGAUGCAUGGGGCAGGAUUCGGACGAGUCCCAUCGCCCCCGGCUUUGCCACCUGUGGAGCUACUGAUGUCCAAAAAAAUGACGCACAAGACUACGGUCACGAAGGGUGACGAAACGGUAGAAAAUUUGGCAGAGGCCAGCGAAACAGCGGCUACUAUGGAAGCUGUUCAUAUCCCUGAAACGCCACCGCUCCCAACGCCGGAACAAUUGAGGAGACCAAGUACUCUUCCACAAGCCGCGCCACAGCUUAACAUGGCGCUACAAACGACGGAACCUUCGGCUCAGGGAACCUCUCAGUACCCGCCUUCCUUGAUGUCUCCCGCCCAUGGACAAGGCGGUGGUACUGUUAUGAGGAGCACAACAUCUUCGAACAAAAUGACGCACAAGACUAAGGUCAAGAAGGGCGAUGAAACGGUAGAAAAUGUGGCAGAGGCCAGCGAAACUGUGGCUACAAUGGAGGUUGGCCAUAUCCCUGAACCGCCACCACUCCCAACCCCAGAGCAGCUGAGGCACCCAAGUCUUCCACGAGCCACGUCACACCUGAUGAUGCAUGGGGCAGGAUUCGGAAGAGUCCCCUCCACACAGACGUCUAAAGAUACGGCAGAACGUGAGACAGAACGGCUUCACCAGGACCGGUCUCAGACAGACCUCCGGCGGACCGGAUCGUCGAGUAUGGCGCCCGGUGCGACCUCUGCCUCCUACAAGCCACCUGGUAUCGAGAAACAAGUGAAGUACGAUGUCGACAGAUCACCGGUGAUGUUACCCGGUCACGUCGGGGCGUCAACGGGCGUUCGGUCCAGACCGAGUAUGCCGGGCACGGGCUCAGUACCGAAAAAACUGGACAUGGAAGUCUUCGACUCGUCAGAAGACAGCGAAGACCAGAUAGACUUGGACAAACCCGUCUCAGCGGAGGAUCUGGAAGACGACCAGUAUUGGCAAGCCUUGGAGAAAAAGGUGUACGCCAUGGUGAAGAAAAGCAUGGAACUGGAGACUGUAGAGGAGGGCUCUGCCGAGGACGAGACACCGGUGCAGGAAGCUUCAUCGACAGUGGAGAAACCUUCCAAGUUCUCUGAAAUGUUCCAGUCAAGGAAAGAAAGGGAGAGGAAAAGAGAGAGGGAGGCCAGAGAAAGGGCCAUGAAAGAGGCAGCGGGAAAGAAUGAAGUCCCGCACAAGUUGGACCCCCCGACCGCAAAACCGUUCUAUGGUCCACCGCUUCCCCCGGAGAUGCAGAAAAAUACUCCGGAGAAGAAGAAAACGGGCUUGACGCGCCACGGGCACAAGGGGAAGGCUACACUGGUCGCUAGUAAGGCAGAAGAGGAAGAACCAAGCACUUCUAAAAAAUCUGGUGGCAAGCUUACCCCCUCUAAGCUAGUCGGCAAGAUCAAGGGAGGCUUCACCAGGGUCAAAGAUUCGAUUAAAUCUAAGCUAUCCGGAGAAGAGAGCAAGUUCAACUCUGAAACGCAUUGAACAUAAAAAAUGAAAGCGAUGCAUACUUGAAGCCAGGAUGAAAAAAAGAUAAUAAAGAACGAUUCAACUUCAUCUCAGGCCGCAAUGACCUUAUCGCAACUGCGCAGCGAGGGGACGCAAUUUAAGCGUUUUAGUUUUUAUUAAAGUCAAAUAACAAUUAGUUGCCUGGCAUCGAUAUAUACAUGUACGAUGGCAGUAUUCAUUGUUGUAAAGCUGUGUCCGCAUUUGUCGCACAUGCUGUCAAACAAUUUAUACGUGUUGGCAACAUCACAGUGUGAGAAUUAUAUCGGAAACGUACUAUAGGCACCCUUGCAUGUAGCUGACAAAAACGAUACUAAUGUUAACGUAUCUGUAACAGCAUAAAUGUCAAUACACAACUUAAAAAGGAUUUUAACGCACCGUAGCUUCCUUCAUGAAUGUAAAUUCCAACUAUGCCACGACUGAAGAUUAUGUGUGUACAUAUACAUUUUGUAAAGAUGUAUAUAUGUGUCUUUGUAAAUUGUAAAAAAAGUUGUUUUAUCCAGAAUAAAUCUUUACGCCAACUUACGC